AUGGUGCGCCCUUCGGUUUUCGUCGCCGACCCGCAAGAGCCCACUCCAGAGGAAGCCGUCCAGCUGGCAGAGGCGGAGGGCUUGUCCUUGAUCACGUCAAACAAUGCGAGCGGCUACAUGAAUGUGAAGACACGAGGGGCGGGCGAUAACAGGUUCUAUGCCGCCGUGAGCCGGCGGGGCGUGCAAGUGGUGCUUGGCCGGUUCCGAUCGGGGGAGGCUGCGGCGCUGUGUUUUGCCCGCUCGAAGGAGGGGCGAGCGGCCGCAGAGAACCUCAAGGGCGGCCGCAACAAGUUCCACUCUACCCGGGGAUUGGCUUGGGUGCCUGGGAGCCACACUCGAUCGGGCAUUCGGAUCCUGCCUUCGGCUUCGCCCAUCGCGAUCCCUCACGAGUGCCCCGUAUGCCUCGAGACAAUCGACGAGGCUGGCGCCGACCCGGUCGUCAGCGCGUGCAACCACGUCUUUUGCCGAGCUUGCAUCGAGUCGGUGCAGAGCGACACCGCGACCUGCCCCCUCUGCCGCGCCACGCUCAUCGAGGGGGGGCUGUCGCCAGCUUCCUCGUUGCCGACGGAGGCGGAGGGGCUGCGACUGCACCUCUCGAGCACCAGCGCCACCGGCUACAAGGGCGUGAGCAGGGACGAGGGCCGCUUCCGAGCCAUUCGCGAGGUGGACGGCAGGAGGGUCUCCCUCGGCUGCUUCGCCACGGCGGUGGAGGCGGCGGUGGCGUACGCGCGGCCCGUGCAGCAGCAGCGAUGCAGCGCUCCUGCGGCCGCCUCCGUGCACCUCCAGCGCCACCCGAGAUUUGGCCGGGUUGGUGUACCUGUCGGGUGGUCGAUCAAAGAAUGGCGUAUCCAGCAAGAUGCGGUGCUCCGGCGGCCACCCCGCCGCAACCGGGAGGAGGCGCACGUCGGGCCGUCCAAGGUGCUCGUCGUCGGCGGGACUGUCGCGGAGAGCGCACAGUACAACGGCAGGCUGCCGCAGUUCAGCGCCCGCGCACAGGCACGGCUCGGGCUCGAGGACACGGGCCGCGUGCGCGGCGAUGACCAGUGA